CUUGAAACCAGCCUUUCCACAGUUACAUUGUCCGGCGGAAAUGAUUGCUCAAAAGCGCUUGGGAGCACGUCGCCCUCUCCAUCCUUGACAUGUUCACGGACUGUAACAGUACCAACAGACAUGUAUGAUGGAGAAAGGUUUUGCAUACAGUUCUCGGCUACUGGAGGGGGAUUCUUCAGGUAUCAAGACUUUGAUAGACACCACAUAGGAACACAGACUUACACUCCACAAACGUCCACCAAACAUCUCUGUUUCCGGUACGAUAUGAGUAAACCCGUACACUGCUCCAAGCUGAGAACAGGGCAUUGUUCCCCACAGCCACUAGAACUAUCAACCCGCAUAACGCAUACAGGUGUGCUCAAUGCAAAAACCUCUGGCUGGACAGAUCCUUUGCCACAUGGUGGAAAAGCGGAUGCAGUAUCUGGAUUGAAACACAUUAAAAUACAGAUUCUCAACACUGUACAGAAUGGAAAUAUGAUCGACGUCUUACACACGCCGCUGAAAGGUUUGGAUCUAACGUACAACACGUUUGUGUUGGACAAAUCCAUUCACCUCCCCAACAAAUAUGGCCUAUAUGCUGUUAUUCUGGAGGUUCACGACAAGGCUGGAAACAUCCAAUCAGUCAGACGUUUUGUGCUGUAUGAGAAAUCCUCCAAAUUGAUGACAAAUCCAGCAAAACCUCUUCAGGUUGUAUCAGCAACACAGAAAUCUCACUACAAAUGGCAGACUAACCUUGGGCCAAUGUGCAUAGACUUUAAAGGCCGUUACUACAAUGAUGAAAUGAUGGCCAAUAACCCUUUGGGGCCAGUCCGUCCCCAGGCAGGAGUGGAACCUGAAUAUGACCAAACUACUGGAACCCUUCCUAUUUAUGGGACUCCCAAUGUUGAUGGCAUCGUUCAUGCAGAGUAUUCUGUCUCUGUCAACAAGGGUGCUAAAUCACACUGGGCAUUGGUUCCCCACUUCACCAAACAGUUACUCUGCAUCUCCCCCAAGCUGAUUGAUGGUCAAACUUAUGAUAUCUCAUUAAGGAUGAAAGACUUUGUUAACAACUCCGUGGAGGAAUCGGUACGGGUUCACAUUGACUCUACUGUUCCUGAUAUAUCAAACAUGUGGCUCGUGAAGGAUGGAAACAAGCAGGUGUAUGUGCACGACAGUCUCGACCUUUCUACAAUGGUGCUCCACUUUGAUGUCAUCGACCCUGACAGUGGCGUCGAAUUUGUGGAGUGGUAUCUUGGCAUCAAAGACUCAUCAGAAGACCUUGGCCAUGGUGUGUUGCCAGUGCAGAAACUAAAUGGACAGGCAUGUGCAUCCUAUGUGGACUGCUACUGUCCUUCCCUUGGAGACUGCCAGUUUCACAACUACACUGUUAAGAUGGAAAGUCUGGUGUCCAACAAGAUCAAUCCUGCUCUCAACAAUAAGGCCGUAUACUUCACUGUGGUGGCAACAAACGGAGCAAACAUGAACAAACGCGACCAUCUUGACAUCCUUGUCAGAUAGUCGAGUCUCUCUCAAAAGUAACUCGUAUAUUAAUAAUAUAUAUCCUCUUCUAGCGUUCUGGUUGCUUUGCGUUUUGUUGAACAAAAGUAAUGAUAUCCUUUUUAACUUUUUUACUUCUAUUCUUCUACAGUUUAGAAAUGUUUGUGCAUAUACGCAACAAACCAAAAUAGUACCUUUAAGUCGAGGCGGUGUGGUUUUGAAUAGUCCCUAUGUUAAUCAUGUUCCUGAAAAUCUAGAAUUCUGUAAUCAGUCAUUCAAUCAGUUAUUUCUGUAUUUAGGCCUCGUGUGGACGUACAAGUAAUACAAUUAAAGUAUUUUGAACACGUGUGCAACAGCAAAUAUUUACAAUUGUGAAGUUCGGAGGUUGAGGAGGCAUCUUUAACUUGCUAAAUGUUUUAGAACGCUCAUACUGGAUGACUGCAGCAUUGUUGUCAAACUAUCCUUUGGAUUAGCAUGAGUGAGGACAUUGAAAAGUGGGGGGAAAAAUUCAAUAUGUAGUUACAUAAUGGAAAAAACCGAAUUGUCUUAUCGAUGCCCGCUAUCCUCUCUAUAUUAUUCAUAAUUUUCAGUUCACCAUCUUUAUAGAGUGAGCAUCCGUCUAUUUUCUUUUGAUGAUAUACUUCACAAGAAUGGCUCUAAUAUAAGUGAAAUCCUUAACACUGAAUUUAAAUCUUGUUGACUUGUUGACAUGUUUCUGGUCCAUUUCAUGG